CCCGGUGCCGCCUGGCUCGCCGCUCCUUCCGCCGCGACCCCAGCCCGUCUCCUGGCCCGGAAGAGCGGAGGACGGAUCCUGCGCCUGCCUCUGAUCGCCUUCCUCUUCCUCCUCCCGGCGCUCCCCCAAGGAUGCGGGAGCCGCGGGCCCGGCCUUCCACCGUCGCCGCGCUCCGCCUUUGGUGCAGCCUGUAAGGGGUCCUGCCUGCCUCUCUCCCUCGGCUCCGACGCUCCCUUCUGCAGCCCCCCGUCGGAAGCGCGUUGCCCGCCCGCGUUACAUGCAUGUCCAGUGGGGGCAGGUUCAACUUUGACGAUGGCGGCUCUUACUGCGGCGGCUGGGAGGACGGCAAGGCGCACGGGCACGGCAUCUGCACCGGCCCCAAGGGCCAGGGCGAGUACGCGGGCUCGUGGAGCCACGGCUUCGAGGUGCUGGGCGUCUACACCUGGCCCAGCGGGAACACCUACCAGGGCACCUGGGCGCAGGGCAAGCGCCACGGCAUCGGCGUGGAGAGCAAAGGCAAGUGGGUCUACCGGGGCGAGUGGGCGCACGGCUUUAAGGGACGCUACGGGGUGCGCCAGUGCACCGGCCACGGGGCCAAGUACGAGGGCACCUGGAGCAACGGCCUGCAGGAUGGCUGGACGUACCAGGGCCAGUGGGCUGGCGGGAUGCGCCAGGGGUACGGCGUCCGGCAGAGCGUCCCAUACGGCAUGGCUGCAGUUAUCCGGUCUCCAUUAAGGACCUCCAUCAAUUCUCUGCGCAGCGAACACACCAAUGGCACCGCCUUGCACCCAGAUUCUUCCCCUGCCGUGGCCGGGAGCCCAGCGAUCUCUCGAGGGGGGUUUGUCCUCAUGGCCCACAGCGAUGCCGAGAUCCUCAAGAAUAAAAAGAAAGGCCUCUUCCGCCGGUCGCUGCUGAGUGGGCUCAAGUUGCGCAAGUCCGAGUCCAAGAGCUCGCUGGCCAGCCAGCGGAGCAAGCAGAGCUCUUUCCGCAGCGAGGCUGGGAUGAGCACCGUGAGCUCCACGGCCAGUGACAUCAACUCCACCAUCAGCCUGGGCGAGGGGGAGGCAGAGCUGUCGGUCAUCGAGGACGACAUCGACGCCACCACCACCGAGAUCUACGUGGGCGAGUGGAAGAACGACAAGCGCUCUGGGUUCGGCGUCAGCCAGCGGUCAGAUGGGCUCAAGUACGAGGGCGAGUGGGCCAGCAACAAGCGCCAUGGGUACGGCUGCAUGACCUUCCCGGACGGGACCAAGGAGGAGGGGAAGUACAAGCAGAACAUCCUGGUGAGCGGGAAGAGGAAGAACCUAAUCCCGUUGAGGGCCAGCAAGAUCCGCGAGAAGGUUGACCGUGCCAUGGAAGCCGCCGAGCGGGCAGCCACCAUCGCCAAGCAGAAAGCCGAGAUUGCGGCCUCCAGGACGUCCCAUUCCCGGGCGAAGGCAGACGCAGCCGUGAAAGCAGCCCAGAAGGCGCAGGAGGAAGCUCGGAUCGCCCGCAUCACUGCCAAAGAGUUUUCCCCUUCCUUCCAGCACAGGGAGAACGGUGUGGAGUGCCAGCGGCCCAAGCGGCAGAAUUCCAGCGACGAGAUCGAGGUCCUCUCGACGGGGACGCCCCUCCAGCAGGAGAGCCCGGAGCUGUACCGGAAAGGGACGACCCCCUCGGACCUGACCCCCGACGACAGUCCCCUGCAGAGCUUCCCCGCCAGCCCCUCGGCCUCGCCGCCCCUCGGCGGCGGUGGCCGGGGCAAGGGCGCCCCCUUCUGCCGCCAACUCUGCCUGGACGAGGAGCGGGGCGGCGAGAUCCAGAUGCUGCUGCUGGAGGGGCGCGGAUGGGGGUUGCUGGCCAGGUGUGGACAGGCCAAAACAUCUGGAUGGCUGAAAGAUCUGAUGCUCACAGACGCUGAUGGCAACCUACAGCUGGCAGGAUUUCAAAGGCUGGAGGAGCCCGGGCCUUGGGCAUUGGGUCAGGCAGAGUUUGAUCCCAUGCUAGCUGGCAAAGUAGCCUCAGAAGGCUCUCGGCUCUGGUCUCCGCUCCCCUCCUGCUCAGCCUGUCCCCUCGAGCUGGCCUUUCCCUGCUGUUGGCUUAUCCCUUUCUCUCUUUUCUUCCUGCAGGGCUCGGCUCCCAUCCUGGUCGUCAUGGUGAUCUUGUUAAACAUUGGCGUUGCCAUUUUGUUUAUUAACUUUUUCAUCUAACUUAAGACUGUCUUGUUUGCAAAAAUUAAACAGAUUCAUAAAAAAUAAGACGUACGAAUGGGGGAUAAUGAAGUGGACAACAGAGAGCAAAAAGUAGAAGGGGAACAAUCUGGUUUUUCUGAACUGUCCUGCAACAACUUCCGAGUCUUUUCACAGAAGAACAACAACAGAUUGAGCAUCACUCACAGUUUGCCUUUCCCCCCCCCUCUGGGUAAUGUUUUUGGAUUUUAGCCAAAAUUCUUUGCUUGUAUAACACUUAUGCUGUGUGGCAUGGCAGAAUGGUAACAGCGCUCCCAUCCGCCCAGGGCCAGGCUGGAUGGGAACGGCUCCUCAUCAGGAAACGUCCGUCAGGGUGGCAAGUGGUUCUGGGAAGCAGGGGGGAAUGGUCCACGCAGGCGGAGCUGCCCUGCCACGGCCCAGCGGCGUGGAAGGCCUGCCCUGCCUCAGCCAGGCUCCCAGGCAAGACCCCGGCCACGGGGUCACGCCCAGCCUCUGCAUGAUUUGGGAUGCUUGGUGGGAAAGUCCUCGGAGGUUUUUUGCCAAGAAUGUGAUUUUGGUUAACUGGUUGCUUCUUCCAUUCCAUCCAGAAAAAAGAGGAAGAUGGAAAUCAAGUCAGUUUCCACUAAGAGAUUUUUACAGAAACAAAAUUCAUUCUGCCCAAAACAUUUUGAUUUUUUUUUUGUAAGUUUGAGCUAAAAGAAAAGUCUUAAGCAUUUGCUUUUCUUGUCCUCCCCUCCCCCCGGGUAGACUCCUGAAAAAGAGGAGCACAAUUCGGCUCUUCAACUUCCUGUCCCAAAGCAAUGCUUUUAAAUUAACAUACACCAAGAAACCAACAGCACACAGUUGCACAUAUCAUCCUAUUGUAAGAUGGCAGGUACAGGUAAAAUCCUGUGCUUGUUUCCAGAAAGUUACAGCUCCCUCCCUUUGCUUAUUAAAAUGCUCACAUCCAUCCUUCUUGGCAUGAUUAAAACUUGACCCAGUCAGAUUUUUUAAAGAGGACCAAAGUUCUCCGUGACAUGCAUUUCUUCUAGUGACAAACCGGGCUCCAAAGCCUCUACCAGGUCCUGGGAGCAGGGAGCGCCUCAAGGGGGCAAAGAAUUUUACGCACCGUCUUCCAUCCUGAACCCUGUCCCUCCUCCCCCUUGCCCCCUGGACUGUGGGCACCCCCUGCCCCUGCUGGGCACCAUUUCUUGGGAGGUUUGCUUCAGGAGCUGCCCUGGCAGAGGAGGGGUAUGUGUGUGGCCUUCUGCCACAGGUGAGGAAUCAGGCGGGAUGGGGGACCCCGUUCCAUCUUGCCAUCGGCCACUUCCAGGUGUCAUGCUUGGCCUCUGAGCAUGUAGUAUUUUUGCACUUUGUCUGCAGGAUGUAUAUUCCAGCUUCCAACAUAUCCCUGUACAAAAAACAAACAAAAACAAAACAUCAUUGACAACAGCAGCCUCUGAGUACGUAAUGCUCUUUUUAUAUUUUGUUUGUUUUCCUCUUCUGUGUAUCACUUAAUUUUGGUAUGGUUCAAAACAUCUUUGUAAGAUGCCUGCCUUCUUUCUUUCCUUCUUUCUCUUUUUUGGGGGUCUAAUCCGUCUGGUCACCCUUGGCUCAUUAAAGCUGCAGAAUCCCUGGUCCGAGCCAUCCUUGCCCCACCAAGAGCACGACACUCGCUCAGUCCAGUUGUUACCAAACCAACUUUACGGGAAUGGAGCUGUCUAGGCUUGUGUUCUGGCGGCAUCAGGCCUCCUUCUAGAUGCUGUGCUCCAUUGCAAGAUGCUGUUG